GCUCUAGUUUGCCGCUAGGCUGCCGCCUACUGGGUCCGCUGUUUCUCCCAUCGCGAUAGUUUUCCAUUUGAGAAGCAAAAUACGCGCGCGAGGGUUUCCGCUCUGCCUUUCCGCGCCUACCUUUCAUCGACCGGUGUUUGGCGAGAGGCUUCACCUCGAAUAAAACAAGACGCCAUCGGGAAGCCAGCCCGCUAGUCUGGUUUGUGCGGUCCUCCGAAGUGGAUGGAAGUUUUCUAAACUUAUCCUCGGCAAAACAACGUCGCGUUUGCUCCUGUGUGCUUCCAAGGCCCUUCCUCUUAUCUGAAAGUUACCAUUUUAUCGUGAUUACGACGUGCAGAUUGUGAAAUAACCGUGCUAUCACAGUGUCAAAUCGAAUCCCCAUUACCGGAAGCCUACUCGGUGAUCGGAUAUCGGAGGGUUUUGAAAACAUAGCGCAUUCGAGGGCCUGAAACCAGAAUCAAAAAAUCAUCAAGAACUUGUCCAUAGAAAGGAAGACAAAACCACCGGCAGAAGAAUGAGUGAUAAAGUGCACAGCAACGGUUCGCAUAAGCGACACGCAGACGAAAACGGUGAAGACGAUACGGUGUAUCAUCCGGAGACGAGAUACAACGAUGGAUCGGUCAAGCUGCGCAAUCCCAACAUCGAGCUCAUGGACCAGGACAUUCUGUACCAUUUGGCGCUGGGCAGCGGCAGUCACGAUCUGCAGGAAAUGUUCGGCGAUGUUAAGUUCGUUUGCAUGGGUGGUACUCCGAAGCGUAUGGAAAACUUUGCACACUUCAUCAUGGACGAAAUCGGCUACAAACUGCCCGCCGGCACUCAGCUCCAGGACAUUAGCGCUUUCUCCUAUAGGUAUUCCAUGUACAAGGUCGGCCCAGUGCUGUCGAUCAGCCACGGAAUGGGAGUGCCUUCGCUCGGCAUCUUGCUGCACGAGAUGAUCAAGCUGAUGUACCACGCCAGAUGUAAGGAUCCGAUCUUCAUCCGGAUCGGCACGUGCGGUGGUAUCGGCGUGGAAGGUGGAACCGUUGUUAUCACCGAUGAUGCCGUCGAUGGGUUGCUCCGCAGUACCCACGAACUUGCCAUUCUGGGUAAGAUCGUUCACCGUCCAGCGGUUCUUGAUAAGCGAUUAGUGCGAGAGCUGAAGUCUCUAGCGUCCCAGGAUGAUCCGUAUGACACGAUCGUCGGAAAGACGAUGUGCACCGCAGACUUCUACGAAGGUCAAGGCCGCCUGGACGGAGCCUUCUGCGAGUACACCGAACAGGACAAGAUGGACUACCUCCAGAAGUUGCACGACUUCGGUGUCGUGAACAUCGAGAUGGAGUGCACGAUCUUCGCGGCGUUGACUCACUAUGCCGGAAUCAAGGCCGCGAUCGUGUGCGUUACGUUGCUCGAUCGGCUCAAGGGCGAUCAGGUCAUGUCGCCCAAGGAGGUCAUGAACGAGUGGCAGCAGCGGCCGCAGAUUCUCGUUUCGCGGUUGAUCCGCAAGCACCUGGCCCAGGCUGGUCACCUGAAGAAUCUGGCGUCGAUUCCGAGUGCGAUCAAGUCUCCUCGGCGCUUCAAGCUGGUUCAACAGGAGUCGGAAGCGCACGAGUAAGUCGGGCGCGCGGCCCUCGAUCGCGUAACGUACUUAAGCAAGUGUUGAGUAACAGAAUGACAGCGGAACCGGACGCCGAAAGAAAGAUAUAUUGCGGGACCGGGUGAUUUGUAUAGGAAAGUUAGCCACCUAGAUGAACCACAUUCCAUUAUCGAAUAGCGUACUUUCUCGGAGAUUACGUCCCUCGCCGGAGGGAGGAUGUCGAAGAGAUGAUAGCAAAAGUUUAAGUUUUUGAUCGAAAGGUUCCCUUAUUAGAAAAGGGAUCCAUUAUUAUGUACAUGACACUUUUUGGGCCAAACGCUGAGCAGCGGAAAGGAUCUGGUUACAACCGAUUUCGCCAGAUAUCGAGCAAAGAAUCACCGGAGGAUAAAUAGUUUUUCAUCUGUGUACAUCAAGAGUCAAAUCUUCUGAUAGUGGUCAAAUGAUUUGACAUAUGGUUUUAAUCGUUCAACAGUUAAAAGAUAUGCUUCACUAGCGGUUCCCACAAAAACUCACUUCAUUCAUCAAAUUCAUCAAAUCGCAAUCAAAGUAACAAGUGGAAGAAGAGCUCGGGUUCUGGUAGGGAUUGAACAAUCUGACGUUUGGCUUACGUUGCGCGACAGUUGGUCCAUAUAAUUGAUAAGCUCAAUCCUAUCGACUAUCUGUCAAACGAUACAAGCGAGGCAACAGACAUUUUGACCCCUACCAGAAAGCGAGCAGUGCUUGUAGGGGCCAUCAUUGCUCGUGAAACACUGGAUGCGAUCGUCAUAUGGAUUCUUUGUGAUCAGUCGGACAUUGCACCAUAAAUGGGCUGCAUCGAAUUCUAAUGGAUCCUUUUUGACAAUUGUAAGAACGAUAAGUUUCAUAUCUUCAGUUCAAUAGUGCAUGAAGAAAUCUGAAUAGGAACGUGCGUAAAUCCUCUCACAAGUCGUGAUGAACUACCAAGCGGAGCCAGCUGUACGUUAUCUGUCAAAAUCUUCCUCAUUUGCAACCGGAACCUUGCUUUGUAUCAGUCGGUCCUUUCAAAUCUAGAUUAUUUUGAUCAUUGCCCUCCACAAACUUUUGAAAUAAUUGAUCGCUAAAAGUUUUUCAGUUUUUCAAGUUUUUCUCAUAUCGGUUUUAAAAGCUGUCAAAGUUUUGUUAGGCGAAUAAAUGGAUGUUGAUAAGCUGUAUAAUGCUCUGCAUUGUAAGUGAAUGGAAAAUGGCUGAAAAGUUGUGCGAGUAUCGUGAUAUUGUACUAAAACAUAGCCUAAAACUAGAACAAUACUUAUAAUUCGAUGUUUGAAAAGGAGGACAUUGAUAAGUUCGUUUACGCCGUCACCGCGGGAAAAAUUAUGAUCGAUUGUACUGUUUUUCAUUCUGCUUAUAACAAUCGCUGAUGGAUCGCUGCUAGAGAUCACACGUCAUCAUCGAUCUUAUCGUUUGACUGUCAAAUGACACAAUCCAAAUGUCAGACCGUUUGAUCCAUACCAAAAAAGUGAACUUGAUUGUCUCGGUUAUGAGCGCGCGUAAAAACUGGAUUCAAAAGCGAUGAUAAUUUUCCACAAACAUUCCCAGUUUCUUCAAAACAUGAAUGCUUCGUUGAGUUUGCAUAAUUAUUUUAUAUUUCAUCAAUAUAGAAAUGUUUCAAUUCAAAGAAAAAAUAAAAAAUCCUCCUUCGAAAUGACAAUAUUUCAUUGCGAUGCGCGUAAUCUCAGUAGCCCUAGGCUUUCCACAUUUGUUAGCUUGAAAAACAUGUCAGAGUACGACCCUGUCCGUUUGCGAUAUUAGUAGGUACAAUCCCUGUGUUGUGCUGUGCAACGGCCAUUUUUUCUACGAUCGCCAUCCUUAUCAAGCAUUUUGAGAUCCUGUGGCUGUCAUAAUCAUUCAUGAUAAUGUGCCGUUUGAGAAAGGAUCGAUCAUUGAACUUUUCGAUCAAUUUUCAAGUGACUUACAACCAGACGUUAGCUAAUUUGAAUCCUGAUUAUGACCGCCUUUAUCGCUAAAAUGCUAGAUAUGGUUUUCGCGGACAGCUUUAUGCCUAUACAAUAAUGAAAAAAAAUCAAAGAAACCACAUUGAGAACCAAAUAGACAACGAGUUAAACGAACGCAUCGCAUAAAAAGCAAGUUUAUACAACUUAUAUAUGAUAUAAGAAGUUUCCCGUUGUUCAGUUGAUCCGUUAGCAGAGCGUUUAAUACCUAUGUAGCUAAGUGUAAAAUAUUGAUCACCAUUUCUGCGUACGAUGGCGGUAGAUGCAAUGGUAGAAAGUAACGAAUAAACAUAUUAUGAUAGCCUUCGAUAUAUAGCUACAAAAGUUGCUAACUCUAAAAGAAACGGUACUAUGUGACAGAUUGCGUCAACGCAUGCGUCAAAUUUUUGUUGUAAACAAAAUUUGGACUUUGUUUUGUUUGGAUAUUAUUGAAAACAAUAGAAAAUGUGGCUCUAAUGAAUGCAUUUAUCUGUCACUCUCAAUGCCUACCAUAUCAUUUUGUUUGAACAAUCACUGAUGGUAAAAAGAGGAAAAAUCUAAUAUUUGGAUUAGUAUUUAGUUUUUGGAAGUUUUUCUGUACUGGAUGCAAAAGAAGUUAUACAAGUUCUAAUCUAUUGAUAAAAUUACUGGAAGUACAUCGUUGUCGUUACUAAAUUGAAUUAUUAAUCGUAAACCCUAACCUGAAUGUAGAACAGCGCUCUUACUCAAACACAGACAAAGCACUCCAUUGGAGGGUUUAGUAGUUUCUCUCUCUCUCAGCCACAAUCUUGCACAUAAACAGAACACAAAUCUGAUUCGACAGCUCCUAAACUAAUUCACUCCUUCGAAUAAAUUUGAAUGUACACACUUCCUAACUAGCAUUAAACGAAAACAACUACAGAGAUCGACGUGCGGUCCGGAGGUUUCGAUCAUCGCAGUUAUGAGAGAAGUGUUGAGAGAAACGUUGUCAAAACGUUAUGUGUACAAACCGUGUAGUAGACCUGUGGAAGGCAACAGUUUAUUAAAAUAAAUUAUACUAUGAAAUAUACUUAUUGAAUGAUUUGAGCGA